UGACGCACAACAAGGACUCUGCUUUAGAAUAGUCGCCAUGAGACUGGUUCUUCCCAACCCAGGACUGGAUCUGAGGAUCCUGAGCUAUGACGACCUGGAGAGAAUGGAUAAGGAGGAGGCCAGUGACAGGCCCAAGUGGGACAACAAAGCCCAGUACAUCCUGACCUGUGUGGGCUGCUGCAUUGGGAUCGGCAACGUGUGGCGAUUCCCUUACCUGUGUCAGAGUCAUGGAGGAGGUGCCUUUUUAAUCCCCUACCUGUUUCUGCUGGUGCUGGAGGGAAUGCCUCUCCUGCUACUGGAGUUUGCCAUUGGCCAGCGUUUGAGGAAAGGCAGUGUGGGAGUGUGGCGAUCCAUCAGCCCGUAUCUGACCGGUAUCGGCAUAGCCUCCAUGCUGGUGUCCCUUCUGGUUGCCCUGUACUACAACACCUUAAUAGCCUGGAUCAUGUGGUAUUUCUUCAAUUCUUUUCAAAGCCCACUGCCUUGGACACAGUGUCCUCUUAAUGAAAAUGGGACAGGAUUUGUACCCGAGUGUCAAGAGAGCUCCACCGUGGAUUACUUCUUUUACCGGGUGACUCUGAAUAGUACGGCGUCUAUAGCUGACUCUGGAGGAAUCCACUGGCCUAUAGUGGUCUGUCUAUUCGCUGCCUGGUCUGUCAUCUGUUUGUGCUACAUGCAGGGGAUUGGCACUUCUGGCAAGGCAGUGUACGUCACUGCCAUCCUGCCCUACGUAGUGCUAGCCAUCUUCCUGGUCCGAGGACUGACUCUAAAAGGAGCCCUGAAUGGAGUCAAGUUCCUCUUCACACCAGAUGUGGAUGAGCUGUUACAAGCAUCAACCUGGCUGGAUGCAGGAGCCCAGGUCUUUUAUGCCUUCAGUAUAGCGUGGGGAGGCCUUAUCUCCUUCUCAAGCUACAAUCCUGUUCACAACAACUGCAUGCAAGAUGCUGUGAUGUUGACUGCAGUUACUGGCAUGACCUCUAUCUUUGCUGCCACAGUCACCUACACCAUCAUCGGCUUCAGGGCCACUGAGAAAUAUGACAAUUGUGUUAGUCAGAACAUCGUGACGAUGAUCAAUGCAUUUGAUCUCCAUGAAGAUAACAUCACCACAAGCAACUACGAGGCGGCGUACAAUCGCCUCAACAGCUCCUAUCCUGACAUUGUUCUUGGAUUGGAUAUCAAAACGUGUGACAUGCACACAUUUCUCAGUGAGGGAGUGGAGGGAACUGGUAUGGCCUUUAUUGUGUUCGCAGAGGCCAUUACAAAGAUGCCCGGUUCCCCGUUCUGGUCUGUCCUCUUUUUCUUCAUGCUUCUCUGCUUGGGGAUUUCAAGCCUUUUUGCCAACAUUGAAGGAGUGGUGGUACCCCUGAGAGACUUGAACGUGUUUCCUAAAAAAUGGCCCCAAGAAGCCGUAACUGGGACAACAUGUUUUCUGGCCUUCAUCAUUUCCCUCGUAUUUGCACAGCGGUCAGGGCUUUAUUGGGUAACCCUCUUUGACAACUUUGCUGGAUCUAUUCCACUUCUGACCAUUGGAUUUUUCGAGUUGAUAGCUGUUGUGCACAUCUAUGGCAUAGACAGGUUGAACGAGGACUUGAAGUUCAUGAUCGGAUAUAAACCAUCCAUAUUCUGGCAGAUUACGUGGAGGUUCAUCAGUCCCGUAAUCAUCCUGGUUAUCUUAGUUUUCUACAUGGUGAUUCAAGCUCAAGAGGAACUUACUCACUUAGUCUGGGAUCCCAGUUCUGAGAAUUUUCCGUCUCUGGCUUCAAUACCAUAUCCUUCCUGGGUCAGUGCGGUCAUAUUUGUUUUGGCCGGAGUACCAAGUCUGGUUGUGCCCAUGUACACAUUAUGUAGGCUGGUCUUAGUUUACUGCAGAAAGAACAUCUCAAACAGUGAUUGAAACAUCCAAAAAAAUACAGUGUCACAUGUGUAAUGUGCUAUUAAUUUGUUUCCUCCUUUCUUAAGAGACUUUGU